AUGUCGCAAUGUAGCGAGCAGCGCGUGAGCUGCUAUAAGCUGGAGCGUACCAUCGACAGAGGUGGUUUUGGAAUCGUACAUCUGGCGUCGCACAUCGUAACGGGCCAAAAGGUCGCCGUAAAAGUUCUCAAAAAAGACGUGCUGGAUCCUGAGUCGCUGCCGAAGCUGUACAGCGAGGCACAAAUAAUGCAGAAGCUUAAACAUCCGCACAUCGUGCAGCUGUUUGAGAUGAUCGAACGCACCACACGAAUAUGCCUAAUUAUGGAAUACGCGCCGCUUGGGAAUUUACAUUACUAUAUCCUAGAACACGGUAAAAUGCAGGAGCUGCAAGCCCGCUCCGUUUUCCGGCAACUCGUCUCCGCCGUGCAGUACUGCCAUCAGCGGGGCGUUAUACACCGGGACUUAAAAUUGGAGAAUGUAUUGCUCGAUAGCCAGAUGAACAGCAAGCUGACGGACUUCGGUUUGGCGGAAGAGUUCACCCCCGGCACGCCGUUGAGCACGUUCUGCGGUUCGCCAAAUUACAUUGCGCCCGAAAUAGCUAUCGAACUCCCCUACGACGGUCCAGCGGCAGACGUGUGGGCGCUGGGUGUGAUACUAUACGCUCUAGUUACCGGCAAACAACCAUUCGAUGGCAUCACGCUGUUACACUUGCGCCAUGUCGUGAUGGCGGCACAGUAUUCCAUUCCCGAGCACGUGUCGUCUGAUUGCCAGCUCUUGCUGCGCAAAAUCCUCCUCCGGGACGCAACGCUGCGAGCUAGCCUCAUAUCCGUCAUGAGUGACACAUGGCUGAACACGGGUUAUGAGGGAGACGAGCUGAAGCCGUACACCGAACCGCCGCCCGAUCAAGAUCCGGCACCCGAAAGGACGAACGGUGGUUGCGAGGACCUCGAACCGAAACCGGCCAACGAACCGCUGCACGAUGUUGACGAUCCGACGCCCGAAAUUACGAACGCUGGCUAUGCGGGCGUCGUACUGCCACCGGCCAACGAGCCUAUGCCCGAUCUUGCAGAUCCGAUGCCUUUCAGCGGUGGACAAACUCUAGACGUCGAUCUCAUCCUAGCCGCUGUGUUUGUUGUAGUAUCGGCUGCGCUAUGGCUUUACUUGUUGUUUUAA